AGUCUCCUCAGAAUAUAAAGAGGACGGGUCAGUGUGAAUUCCACUGAAGACAGUCACAAUGAUGUUCGUGAUCUUGGCUUUGUUUGUUGCCGGUGCCUACGGGUGCGGCCAGCCCGCCUACCCCCCCGUUCUCUCGAGAGUGGUGGGUGGAGAUGAUGUGCGCGCCAACAGCUGGCCCUGGCAGGUCUCUCUGCAGUACAAGAGUGGCAGCAACUUCUACCACACCUGUGGUGGCACUCUGAUCUCCAGCCAGUGGGUCCUCACUGCUGCUCACUGCAUCGGAAGCUACACCUACAGAGUCUACCUUGGUAAGCACAGCCUGGACACCGCCAACGAGUCCGGCUCCAUCGCCAUCAGCCCCGCCAAGAUUGUCGUUCACGAGAACUGGGACUCUUCUAGAAUCCGCAAUGACAUUGCCCUGAUCAAGCUGGCAUCACCCGUUCAGCUCUCCAACCAGAUCCAGCCUGCCUGUCUCCCCACCUCUGGAGAGAUCCUGCCCAACAACGCUCCCUGCUACGUGACUGGCUGGGGACGCCUCUGGACUGGCGGUCCCAUUGCUGACAUCCUGCAGCAGGCCCUCCUUCCCGUGGUGAGCCACUCCACCUGCUCCAGGUAUGACUGGUGGGGCAGUCUGGUCACCACCAGCAUGAUCUGCGCUGGAGGAGAUGGAAACCUGGCCAGCUGCAACGGAGACUCCGGCGGCCCUCUGAACUGCCAGAACUCUGACGGCUCCUGGGACGUCCACGGAAUUGUGAGCUUCGGCUCCAGCGCGGGCUGCAACUACUACAAGAAGCCCUCUGUCUUCACCAGAGUCAGCGCCUACAGUGCCUGGAUCAACAACGUGAUCGCCAGCAACUAAGACGUGAACAAGUUUCUAUCAAAUGUAG